GAAUUGAUGAAAACUUUAAAAAGUUUGUAAAAAAUUUAAAUAAAGACAAGAAUACAAAAGAUAUAGAAAUUGAUAACCUGCAGGAUGAUGAUGAUGACAAUAACUCAAAUAUUGGCUCUGAUAAUUCUCACAAUACUUUAG